GAAAAUAAAAAACCAGUUUAUUUCAGAGGCAAAGUUUGAACUAAAUAUGUCACAACGUCCGAUUAUUGUAGGAUUUUUUCAUCCAUAUUGUAAUGCAGGUGGAGGAGGUGAACGUGUCUUAUGGACGGCAAUUAAAGCGAUUCAAAGUGAAUAUUCACAUAUUAUAUGUGUUGUAUAUACAGGGGACAUCAACUCUAAAAAAGAGGAAAUUUUAAAAAAAACAAAAGAAAUAUUUGAAAUAGAAUUGGAUGAAAAAAGAAUACAAUUUAUAUAUUUAUAUAAACGACAUUAUGUAUCACCAGAACGAUGGCCAUAUGUUACACUAUUAGGACAAUCUUUAGGUUCAUUAAUCUUAGCAUAUGAAGCAAUAAAUAAGUGUAUUCCAAAUAUUUUUAUAGAUACAAUGGGAUAUGCUUUUACAUAUCCUCUUAUAUCAUCAUGCUUAGAUAUUCCUAUUAUAGCCUAUGUUCAUUAUCCUACAAUAUCUCAAGAUAUGAUAUCAAAAUUAUCUAAUAAAAGAAUUCUAAAAAAUAUUUACUGGAGAAUGUUUGCAUUGGCUUAUUCAUUUUGUGGCCAUUAUGCAAAUCUUGUCAUAACAAAUUCAAGUUGGACACAAGCUCAUAUAGAAUCUUUAUGGAAAAAAAAAGAAACAAUUACUAUAUAUCCUCCUUGCAAUAUAAAAGAAUUAUAUGAUUCUAAUAUGGACGAGAAAAUUGAACGUGAAAAGUUAAUUCUUUACAUUGCACAAUUCAGAAAAGAAAAAAAUCAUAAACUUUUAUUGGAAUCCUUUAAAACAAUGCUUGAUACAUAUCCUAAAACGAGAGAUUCUGCAAUAAAAUUAAUUUUAAUAGGAUCUGUAAGGGAAAAUGAUGAACCAUAUAUUGAUUCACUCAAAGCUUUGGCAAAACAUUUAGAAAUUGAUGAUCGUGUUUUGUUUUUUCAUAAUUUAUCUUGGAAAGAAAUAGUCAUAUGGCUUAAAAAAUCAUGGAUUGGAGUUAAUACAAUGUGGAAUGAACAUUUCGGAAUAGCUAUUGUCGAAUAUAUGGCAGCAGCACUUAUUCCUGUUAUACAUGACUCAGGUGGACCCAAACUUGAUAUUGUUGUAGACUAUAAAGGAAAACCAACAGGAUAUUAUGCCUCUACACCAUCUUCUUUUGCAAAAGCAUUCAAUGAUAUUUUUUCAAUGUCCCAAGAAGACAUAGAUUCUAUGAGGAAAAGAGCUAGAGAAUCAUCUAUACGUUUCUCACAAGAAACAUUUCAUAACCGUUGGUUAGAUAUUAUGGAUAUUCUCUUAAAAUAUGAGCAAACUCAUAGACGUGAACGUAUCUAUCGUACUCAAUUUAGAGAAUCUUAAUUUUUUCCAAUUUAUUUCUUAAAAUGCAUCAUAAAAGAACGAGGUA